AUGUCUCCGAAGCGGACAAGUGUUCACCACUCACCGCAGACGGAGAUUGCCAGUGAGCUUGACAAGCAUUCAGCGAGGGAUCGUCCCAAGCCGUGUCAAGCAGCACAAAUAGUUGCCGCUGCUGAUUUCGAGGUUAUCCGCACCCUUGGCUGUCCCAGAGGAGGAAGCGAAGUGGGCGAGCUGGUGCUAGGGAGGCUGAAGACAUCAGCACGGCAGUAUGUCAUCAAGAUCUUCAGGAAAUCUACGUUGGGGGCGGAAAGACAAGCUACCUACCGUGUACAACGUGAACAGAAGGCGUUGCGCCUGAUUGUCGAGCGCGAUAUCCCGUUCGUCCCUCAGCUGCGCUGGAGCUUUCAGGACGAGAAGGCUCUGUAUCUGGUAAUGGAAGAUUACACCGGUCAGAAUUUGCGAACGUGGGUGAAGCGCAACGGCAUAGUUCACCCCGACGAGGUCAAGGUAUAUGCGGCAGAGUUGGUUGCAGGGCUAUCUGCACUGCAUGCGGCGGGGAUCGUCUACCACGCCUUGAACCCGGAAACCGUGCUCAUUAGGAAGGACGGGCGUAUCGUACUGGCAGACCUCAGCAGCGCGAAGAUUCUACAGGCUAAUCGCAACGCCUCAGGGGCUGAAUCUGCCUGUGAUAUGAGUUUAUCUGAGGUGGGACAAUAUCAGGCGCCCGAGGUUAUUCUGCGAUGGGCCCAUGACUACAGUUCGGACUGGUGGGGAUUUGGACUAUUGCUGUGCUUUAUGCUGACAGGAAAACAUGCCUUCCUCGGCAACAAGAGCUUCACAAACAUGCAUUCUUCGCUAUGGGAAAGUCGUGUCUUGCAUGGUAGAAUGGUGGCCGACUUGACAGAGUCUGUGGGUCCCGAUGCCCUAGACUUACUCUCAAAGUGCCUUGAGCGGAACCCCGUCUUACGCCUUUCGGAAGAAGGCAUCAAAAAGCAUACAUUCUUCGCAGGAGUGUAG